AAAGAGAGGGUGGGAGAGGGAAAAAAACUGGAAUAAAGAGAGAGACGUUUUCGUUUAAAAGAGCGAAUUUUGGAGAAAAAAAUAAUUUAAGGCGUUCAUGGAGAGGAUGUUGAAUUCCGAAUUCUGAUCGAGAUCUGGAAUUCGGUUCUGUCUCAGAAUCUUUCUUUGAUCGAUAAUUUCAUCGGAAUUCUUACGGAUUUUGGCGGAAUUCCAGCGUUUCUUCUGACGAUCUGCCCCGGAAUCGCCAGGAUUCUGGCGCGGGAUUUCAUCAAAUCUUUGGUUUGGAGGAAAUUUAUUAGAUGUCUCAGAUUCUCCAACCGAGGUUGAAGUUUUCGGGACAUUAGUUAAUAUUAGAUACUUCAGGGUGUUAAUAAAGGUUUCUGGGAAGCAAAGUAUUUUCUGCUAUAUUCAUUCGAUCCGAAGAGUGGACCCUGCUUUGAGUACCUAGCUUCAAAAUAUGGGUUUUGAAGAUGAAUUAUGAACGCCGUGGUGCUGUUUACUACUAAGUGCUGAGCUUCUCGUUGUGGUGAGUCUUUGAGAUAUGGUGUUGCAGAAGAGGUUGGAUUAUGGAUCUAGUGGCUACCAGGUUCCUGCGAUGCCGCAUGUUCCAAGAUCAGCUAGGGGUAAGCGUUCUGUUAGAAAGAAGGUCGAGAACAAUCAGAUGUGUGCUUUUGAUUUGCUCGCCACUGUAGCUGGAAAGUUGCUGUCGGAGAGAGAGAGUUCUUUGACUCCAUGUGACAUAACUGGAACAUCUAACCCAACUACUGAAAAGGAUACUGUUAAACAGGAGCAAUUAGAUAAUGAGAAGCCAUUCAAAACUGAAGCUUUUGAUCAAGGAGGCUGUGAUGAUGGUACUUUGGGUUCUGAGAUCAUCCUUUACAGACUGGACAGCUAUACCUCGAAGGAGCAUUCACAAACUCCAAAUGCAGCAGCUUCAUCACCUGCAUCUGCCUUUAUAAAGUCUGAUAACAAGGAUGUUUUUGCUGGGGAGUCAAUUAUUAGGGGUGAAUUCGGACAUUCUCUUGGUACCAGUACCACCGCCCAAAAAUGCGGCGCUCGGAGGUGCUCUCCUGGUUCUGUGGAAUCGUGUGUGUGUGAAGGAGAUGGAAUUAAGACUCCACUCCAAGCUGAACGGCGAAUUACUGGGAAUCUCAUAGCCUGGAGUUCUCCAGAUAUGUACAGUUUGGAGGAUCUGAUGGAUUUGGAUGCCAAACCUCCUGCUUUGGUUAGUUCAGACAGCAGUGCUGAAGUGCCUCCAUGCAGAGAUCAUGUUCCGUAUAAUAGCUUUGUUCCCAAGCGUAGGGAUGGAAUGAAAUUUUCUGUAGAUAGAGAUGAUGACGAAAAUUCUUCAGGGUGCACUAAUUCUGGCACCAUCACCACUAAUGCCUGUAAGGCACCAUGUAUAGGAGACCGUAGGAUAAAGAAGCUGUUGGCAUCUAAGUACUGGAAAGCUGCUCCAACUAUGUCGACGGAUGGGGAGCUUUCCAACACUGAUGUAGAAAUGAAGCCAUUUUUCCGCAGCAGGAGAAUGUCUUGCACACGUCAAAGAACUCAAAGGAGUUCAUUCAAGAGGAGGAAGUUGUUCGAGCGCUGCUCGAUGUCAGCAUCUGAUGGAGGGAUCUUUCGUGAAGGUAUAUCUAACCCACCUGGAAAGGGUGGCAUCAAAGUAGAAGCAAGUGAUUCACCUGUAACUUUACAUGGAGCUUUUGCAGCGAAUGGUGCAUUAUCCUCAGCAACAGGUCAAAAAUCAUCAUGUGAAUCAGGAGAUUACCAAGUGAAACUUAGCAUCAAGUCCUUCAAGGUGCCAGAACUUUUUGUUGAGAUUCCUCAAAAUGCUACUGUUGGUUCCUUGAAGAGGACCGUUCUGGAGGCUGUGACUGCUAUUCUUGGACGUGGACUCCGUGUUGGUGUUCUUCUCCAAGGGAAGAAGGUUAGAGAUGACAGCAAAACCCUGCGCCAGGCUGGUAUUUCUCACGGUGAAGAGCUGGACAAUUUGGGCUUCACUUUGGAGCCAAAUCCCACACAAGCUCCAGCACCCCUGACAAGCCCUGAGGAUCCCCAUCUUCUUCAGCCUAGUGAUGCUAUUGAACCAUUAUCAAGGAUCCCACCUGCAAAUCCCACAGCAGAUCAAGGGGCAUCUGAUGCCACCCCACAGCCUGUUCUGCUGACCUUUAUAGCAAACUGCCCCGAGAGUGAUCAUGAUUCGGUUCACUCUCCGGCUGAUGUGUCAUAUCUGGAUAAAACAACGGCAAAUUCCAGAGCUCUAGUUCCGGUGGUGCCGCCGAUGGACGUGGAGGCGUUGGCCGUGGUUCCACUCCGUAAGCCAAGGCACUCUGAGAUGGUCCAACGCCGCAUCAGGAGACCCUUCACAGUUGCCGAAGUCGAAGCACUUGUCCAGGCUGUUGAAAAGCUCGGGACGGGAAGGUGGCGAGACGUUAAGCUUCGAGCCUUCGAAAAUGCCAAGCACAGGACGUACGUUGAUCUUAAGGACAAGUGGAAGACGCUGGUCCACACGGCCAGGAUUUCCCCUCAGCAGAGGAGGGGAGAGCCGGUCCCCCAAGAAUUGUUGGACCGGGUGCUCUCAGCCCACGCCUAUUGGUCUCAGCAGCAAGCCAGGCUACAGGUCAAGCCACCUCCGGCAGAGACUUGCCUUCUACUCUAAUCUGCAACCUGCUACCCUUCUUCUCAGAAUCUAGGACGAGAAGACAAUUGAUCCAUGUAUAAAGCCGCCCCACCCCAAGGCAAAAAAAAAAAAAGAAGAAAAAAGCAAAAAAAACUAAAAGGUACAAAUGGUUUACAAAUUUGUGUAAUAUUUACUCACUCCCACUAUUUUUUAAGCCAGGGUUCUCCUCUUUUUGUGAAUUACCAAAGGCGAAAGACUUUCUUUGGUGUCUGUAUAUCAUGACCGUGAUCUAGGGGAAAAAGAACAUUGGAAUAAGACUGCUGGCACUAACGGAAUUCGUAUCAUCAGGAAACGUUCGCAUGCUGAUUUGGAAAAAAAGAUUUCUUCACAGAUCUAAUUCAUUCUUUUGGAGUCUGUUAUGUUGUUGUUAAAAAGGUAAAUACAGCUAGGAUGGAUUUCGUUUGAAGAAUUCGUUUUGAUGUUGUACGGUCUUAUGUUUGUCGAUCUCUUUGAUGAGGCAACUUUCAAUAAAUAUUGUACUUUUUGUAACGCCUUGUUUAGUCUGAAAAAAAUAUUACAAGCAAUGAUCUACAAUCGAUGGUUAUAUA